CUUUCUUCAUCUCCCACGGUGCCAGACAGAAUUACGGAUUCUGGCAUUUCGAAACACUACUCAACAUUUCUUGCUUUCUUCUGAGUUAGGAUUCAUGAAGGGCUUACUGCGAUCCCUUACUAAGCUUGGAGGGUUUAAGAGGUACUCUGUGUUAAGCAGCGAUCAGCUGCGUAUAAAGGGGGUCAAGGAUGUUAUUGCUGUUGCUUCCGGUAAAGGCGGCGUUGGCAAGUCUACAACAGCAGUUAAUUUGGCUGUUGCACUUGCGAACAAGUUUCAAUUGAAAGUGGGCUUGCUUGAUGCUGAUGUAUAUGGACCAUCCAUUCCAACUAUGAUGAAGAUCCACCAGAAGCCAGAAGUGACUAAAGAUAUGAAGAUGGUUCCUAUUCAGAACUAUGGAGUAAAAUGCAUGUCAAUCGGAUUUCUUGUGGAUAAGGAUGCACCGAUUGUUUGGAGAGGUCCCAUGGUGAUGAGUGCUCUCCAGAAAAUGACAAGAGAAGUUGAUUGGGGAAAUCUUGAUAUUCUUGUGGUGGAUAUGCCACCUGGGACUGGUGAUGCACAGUUAACCAUGUCCCAGAGGCUCCAGUUAUCAGGAGCUUUAAUUGUUUCAACUCCACAAGAUGUUGCCUUAAUUGAUGCUCGCAGGGGAGUUAACAUGUUCUCCAAAGUUCGAGUCCCUCGGCUUCUUUUACAGAUUUUGGGGCUUGUAGAGAACAUGAGCUGCUUCAAGUGUCCACACUGUGGCAAACCUUCAUUCAUUUUUGGGGAGGGUGGGACUCGUAAAACCGCAGAUGAAAUGGGUUUGCAAAUUGUUGGUGAGAUACCCAUUGAAGUGGAGGUGAGGAAAGGCAGUGACGAAGGCAUACCUAUAGUAAUAUCAGCCCCAGAAUCUCAAGUCUCCAAAGCAUACAGUGAAGUAGCCCAGAAUGUUGUGACUAGACUUGACCAAUUGGCAAAGGAAUGAGAACCACUUCAUCCAGACAGAGAGACUGAACGUCUAGCUACCUCGGCUGCCAUGGUAUGUCAGCUCCUCGCUGCUCUGCUGAUGUGCUUUUAAAGAUUCCCUCAGAGGCCAAGUAGCCUAUGGUAUAGAGGAUCUCAUUUUGAUUAAUUUUGACCAUUCACAAAGUGAAUAAAAGAGUUCAACUUCGUUAUCAUUUUUAAAACAAAUUUUCAUGCAGAAGAACUCUAGGAUAACUAGCAAGAUGCAAGAGAUCAAGCUGAACUGAAUAUUUUGUGCUAUAACACUGUAAAUUUUUGUUGUUUGUUCAUUUUGGGGUUGAUUUCUGCUUAUCUUGAAGAUUAUGGACGGUUGGAUUCUGCCAUUGUCAUGCACAGAAUAUGUGCUUCUUUGGCCUAUUGGGGAAAGGAAGGGAUUGGGAUUUGGAAUUUGCAUCUUCUGAAAUAGACCACUCACAGUCUCAAGGUGAGUUCAACUUUUUUUUUUUUUUUCUCUGUUUGACCUACUUGAAGAAUAAUUUAUCUAUAAAUUAUAGAACUUGAAAUUAGGUCGGAACAUAUAUAUUAUAUAUUUGGUAUGUAGAGACUAUUGAUCGUGGCUAAGAAUAAAAAUAACUUAAUUAUUAUACUACAUAGUUGAUGGUGUUGAAUAUAUUUUUUUGAAAAAUGCUUUUGACUUUAAAAGAAAUCUAUUCAAAUCUCAAUUGGAAUGUAUUCAAAGCGAAAAUGAUAUAGACCCCAGCACAACGUCCAAGUUAAACAGAGAAUUGGAUUAUAAAGAUUCAUGAAAGGAAAGAUUUUGACUCUUGCUCGACAUAAUGAGAUACUGAGAUUUAUGAAAUGGUAGAAUUCUCACUGCAUCCAAAAAUGGUAGUUACUAAAAGGGAAAAAAAAAAUCUGUGAUUGC